AUGACUUCUCUUGGCAACCCAGCGCUCAGCAGCGCGGUGUUUGCUCUUCAAAAAACAGAUCUCGUCGGCUUGGACGAGGAUGCCAUCAAGGUAGCUGCUGAGUAUAUUCGUGGGAGACUACGAAAAGAGUCCUACACUCCCCAGACGUGGAGAACGCAGCCUCUCCACCUCCUCCCGCACGAGCCAUUCUCAAUAGAUGACCCAUCCAGUAGAGAGUGUUUGGACUGGAUCUUCUUGAUAUCCUCUCUCAAUUUCAGCUUCUGGUCAGAAAGUGAAGGUUUGCCAGACAGAUAUGGUGUGGAAUGGAGGAAGGGAUGGCACUCGAACGACAGAACGGUGCAUACGGGCUAUUGGUCGUUAGUGGCUGCGAUAGAUCGAGCCUUGGAAGAUGGGAUACCCUUAACGGAUCCAGCCUUCUACUCGUCGGAGGAGUCGUGCCCCAAAGCGUUGUUAGAAGGGAUAUUUCGGCCUGCACCUCAAUGCAAAGAGACAAUGCCUCUGUUCAAAGAGAGAGUCGCCAUUCUUCGUGAAAACGCCCGCAUCCUCUGCUCUCAUUUUGGGGGCUCUUUCCAAGGUUUCUGUCAGGAUUUCCUGCGACGAUACGGCGGACGCGGUACCGGCCUUCAGCUCGUCCAGAUGGUGAUCGACUCCUUCCCAACAUUCCGCGACCAAACCAUGUAUGAGGGAAGAACCAUAUACUUCUGGAAGCGCGCCCAAAUUCUCGUCGCUGAAGUCUGGGCAGCCUUCUAUCCCUCCUCACCCACCACUUCACAUUCGCUUUUUCCCGCGGGCGCCGCGAUACACGAACUGACCAUGUUUGCCGACUACCGCGUGCCACAAAUACUGCACCACCUGCGUAUCCUCACUUAUCCUCCGUCGCUGGUUGAGUCGCUGAAAUCCCGACGCAUGCUCGAGUCGGGAUGUCGAGAGGAGAUCAGCAUCCGCGCGGCGAGCAUCGUGGCAGUGGAGAAGGUACGGCAGAGAAUCAUCGAACAGUACGAGAAGGCGGAUGACGAAGAGAAGGAGCCGUGGGAACGCUUCGGACAUGCGCAGGAAGCUAUGAACAGUGUCCUGAUCGAUUUCUAUUUGUGGGACUUGGCAAAGAAGGUAGAAGCAGGGGAGGACAACAUCGUCGGGAUCAAAACAGCAGAAAUGCUGCCUGCUCAUUGCAUCAGGAGCGUAUGGUACUGACGCUGCUGAGAUAUCAUUCGCACAUAGUGAAAAGUAAAUCAAUCAGCAGACCAUCGCGAAGAUGAUGACAAUGCAUUCUGUCCUCUAUCAGAUGUUAAGGACGAGAAGGCGACGAUAUUGGGCCGGGCCUGCACUGACUCAUCUUCCGCAACUGUCCAUCAUCACUAAUAUCAUCCCUCAUCUUCC